AUGGUAAAGUUUCUACUGCUGGCUUUGGCAUUUGGUCUGACUCAUGCUCAUGCUGAGCCUGAAGGAAAGUGGGUUACCAUUACCAUCGCUUCUGACAAUGUGGACCGGAUAGCAGAAGGAGGACCUAUGAGAGUCUACUUUCGAGAAAUUACUUGUAAUGAGGAUUGUAGUCAAAUGGAAAUGACGUUUUAUGUCAAAGCGAAUAACCAAUGUUCACAGACAAAAGUCACUGCGUAUAAGCAAGAAGACGGCAACUACAGAACCCAGUUUGAAGGUGAUCAUUUAUUUAAACCUGUGUUUGCAACAGAAGACAACAUAGUCCUUGCUGGUGAUAAUGUGGAUAGAGCUGAUCGGAGAACAAAAUUGAUUUUUGUUCUUGGAAAAGGUCAACCCUUGACUCCUGAGCAACAUGAGAAACUUGAGGCAUAUGCUGAGGAACAUAGCAUUCCACCAGAAAACAUUCGAGAAGUUCUGGCAACAGAUACUUGUCCUAAAUAA